CAUUGUCGUGAUGGAAGAUCUAAUGUGAAUACCGAGAAAAUUAAAAAUGACUCACGCUUUAUUCCUGUUGCCAUGGUCAAGUUCUUGGAUGAUAUGGAAAGGGAAAAGCCUAUUCGGUUCACCUCUCAACAGCUAAGAAUAGCCACAGACAACUUCACUAUCGUAUUGGGUUCAGGUGGGUUUGGGACGGUUUACAAGGGAAUAUUCUCCAAUGGAACUACUAUAGCUGUUAAAGUGCUUAAUGGUUCCUCAGACAAGAGAAUUGAGGAACAAUUCAUGGCGGAAGUGAGCACCAUGGGAAGAACACAUCACUUUAAUCUAGUUAGGCUCUACGGGUUUUGCUUUGAGUCAAGUUUAAGAGCUCUUGUAUACGAGUUCAUGGUUAAUGGCUCUUUGGAUAACCAUUUGUUUAAAGCAAACAAAGGGGCGAUUAUAGGGUUUGAGAAGCUGUAUGAGAUUGCCGUUGGGACUGCAAGAGGCAUCGCUUACUUGCAUGAAGAGUGUCCUCAGAGAAUAGUUCACUAUGAUAUUAAACCAGGAAAUAUACUUUUGGAUUCAAAGUUUUGUGCAAAAGUAGCGGAUUUUGGUUUAGCCAAACUUUGCAAUAGGGAUAACACUCAUAUAACCAUGACAGGAGGCAGGGGUACUCCGGGCUAUGCUGCACCUGAGCUCUGGAUGCCUCUACCAGUUACACACAAAUGUGAUGUAUAUAGUUUCGGUAUGCUACUAUUUGAGAUCAUUGGGAGGCGGAGGAACAUGGACGUGACACUUGGUGAUAGUCAACAGUGGUUCCCAUUAUGGGCGUGGAACAAAUAUGAAAAAAAUCAAUUGAAGGAUCUGAUGGUACUUUGUGCAAUUGAGGAUAAGGACCAAGAAGCUGCGGAGAGGAUGCUAAAGGUAGCUCUUGGUUGUGUUCAAUAUAGACCCGAGACUAGGCCAGUGAUGAGUAUAAUUGUGAAAAUGUUGGAAGGCGCAUUAGAGGUUCCAGAGCCUGCAUUAAAUCCUUUUUCGUAUCUGUUCUCUGGGGUUAAUGAACCUAAUGAUUCUUUGGCCCGAAUUGCAUGGAAUGGUGGUGGAUCGAGCUGGUCUUCGUCUGAAGUGGUCACAAAGUCUACUGUUGUCACGGGGACCCCUCUCAUGAGGAGAUAUGAAAUAACAAUGGCAUCUGACUAAUCAGAUCAAACAACAUUCUUUUUGAUCAUGUAUCAAUCAUUAUGCAUAGCUAAGUUGUUUUUAAGUAGACAUCUAGGGACUACAGUUUCGUUUUAAAGCCGAAAUUAUGUGUUUGUUAUACUCAAAGUAAUAUUUUCCUUUUGAUUGUAAAGUAUCAUGUAUUUAAGAAUAUAUUAGCAUUGAU